GGACAUCCCACAAUGCAACGCGGUCCCAGUGAAUCUCUUCUUCAUCAACACAUGGCCAGUGUUUGCUAAUAUUGUCCUUGUUCAACUAUAACCCCAGUGUCUUCUCUAAGUGUCUGUCCACUGUCACUCUGCCGCAUAAUGAAGGUUAAAGUCCUCUCGAGGAACCCGGAUGAUUAUGUGCGGGAAACCAAGCUCGAUAUUCAGCGUGUCCCUAGAAACUAUGACCCAACACUGCAUCCGUUUGAGGUGAGCAGAGAGUACACCCGGGCUCUGAAUGCCACUAAGCUCGACAGGGUGUUUGCCAAGCCUUUCCUGGCCUCUCUGGACGGACACAGAGAUGGGGUGAACUGCAUGGCCAAGCACACCACGAGCCUCUCCACCCUGCUGUCUGGCUCCUGCGAUGGGGAGGUGAGAGUGUGGAAUCUGUCCAAACGUGAAUGUGGCCGCACGCUCCAAGCACACGAAGGUUUCGUCCGGGGAAUGGUUGUCCGCUUUUGUGGAACAUCCUUCUUUACGGUUGGUGACGACAAAACAAUCAAGCAGUGGAAAAUGGAGACACCAGGUUACGGAGAGGAAGAGGAGCCACUCAACACUAUUCUGGGCAAGACAGUCUUCACAGGACUGGACCAUCACCGGAAGGAUGCUGUGUUUGCAACAUGUGGCCAGCAGGUGGACAUCUGGGAUGAGCAGAGGAGCAGCCCAAUCCGCUCUUUCACCUGGGGCGUAGACAGCUUCAGCUCUGUCAGCUUUAACCCUGUGGAGACUGAACUCCUUGCAAGCUGUGCCUCCGACAGAAGUAUAGUACUGUAUGACAUGAGAGAAUCAGCACCACUUAAAAAGGUUAUUAUGACAAUGAGAAGCAACACAUUAUGUUGGAACCCCAUGGAAGCUUAUUACUUCACAAGUUCAAAUGAGGACUACAACCUCUACACAUAUGACAUGAGAUACCUGGACCGGCCAAUCACAGUGCACAUGGACCAUGUCUCUGCAGUGCUGGAUGUUGACUACUCUCCCACUGGAAAGGAGUUUGUGUCUGCCAGUUUUGACAAAACCGUCCGCAUCUUCCCCAAGGACGGUGGCCACAGCAGGGAAGUGUACCACACCAAGCGCAUGCAGCAUGUCAUCUGCGUAAAGUGGUCAGCAGACAACAAAUACAUCCUGAGCGGCUCUGACGAAAUGAAUAUCCGACUGUGGAAAGCCAACGCGUCUGAGAAGCUAGGAGUGCUGGCCCCGAGAGAGAGGGAGUCCAGAAACUACAGUCAGAAGCUGAAAGAGAAGUUCCAGCACCACCCGCAGAUCAGACGCAUCACUCAUCACCGACAUCUACCCAAGAACGUCUACCACCAGAGCAAGGAGCUGAGGAUUAUGAAAGAGGCCCGCCGUAGGAAGGAGAGGAAUGUCCGCAAGCACAGCAAACCAGGAACUGUUCCUGUGGUGUCUGAGAAGGCAAAGCAUGUUGUGACUGUGGUCAAAUAGACAGAGGCCAUCAAGAGAUGAGGUGAAGCCCAAGAUCACACCCACAUGGGACAUUUGAGUGGGACAUUUUAAAGAAAAAGUUUGAAUUUGUCAGUUGCGGGAAGGACAAGUGGCAAGUUCUGCAUCAUUGUAAAUGCUCGGACACAGACUGUAAAUGCAUACAAACAACAAAUCUCAUAAAGCAUUCUUUCUUUGUCACAAAUUUGGGUCCUGUAUUUGAGUGAUAAAUCCCACAUUUUACUUUGAGCAAGUUUGCAUUUUUUAUUUCAGGAUUUAAUCGAUUUAAAUGAAAUUGAUCCAAAUAUUUCAAGGGACCUACUUGAAAUGAAUAAUGUUCCUUGUGGUUUCAUUACACAGUUUUUUGGGGUUUUUUUAUGAAUGAAGUUCCAGAAAUGUGCUAUAGUUGUUUAUUAAAACUACCAGAGAUGGUGUAAAGGUUUCAUUACGCUUCAAAUGACCUGCCGUUCGACAAUCAAAAGGAAAGUGUUCUGUUACCAGUUGCCACAGUCAAAGGCUUGUCUAAAAGCUAUAUAGCUAUAUAAUGUUGCACAUAUGGGACAGUGUCUCUCAUGGUGCUGCACUCAGUGGUACACAUGAAAAUUGGUGGCUAUGACAAGAGUUUUAGAGUGAAGUUCAAACCCUUUCUUGCUUUCUAUUACACACUUGGGCACUCACUCCAUAAAGUGGACGCCAUUUCCCAGCGUUUCACUAAGUCAACAAAGUUUUUUUUUUUUUCUUAAUACAGGAUUUUAGUUUGUAAAAUAACCGCCCUUAAAAAGAGCGAGAGGUUUUGUCUUAUUAACUUCCUUCAGUCGAUCCAUGUCUCCCCUUAGUUUUGGAAUAUCAUAUUACCUACAAGCUAGGUAACAUGUUACAGAGCAUGCUACACUCAAAAUCUAUAUGUACAUGGGACCUACACUAUUUGCUGAUGUGUAUUUAUAAUAAACUUCAAAUUUUUCUGUGAAAACUCAACACAAA